GUCUUCAUCAAAAUGCAUCCUCUUCCACAUCCUCCAAACCCCCUAACCAGCUCUCCGACACGCCAUUACUCACACCCUCAAGCUGUUAAAGGCUCCCUUGUGUUUAAACCCAUCACCCUCUCUCAUCUUCCUCCCACGUCAGAUUAGGGGUUCGAGUCUUGUCUCGCGCUUAGUCGUCGUCGCCGUCGCGCUCAGUCGCCGUCGCCGUCGCUUCGAAUAUCGUUGGUUGGGUCAUCCUUCACUCGCACGUGGCCCUACCGUGACGUGCGGCCGAUGCCACCGUGACCCUGUCGACAAAGGAGAGUUCCACCGCGGCCUUUACCUCUUUGUGCUGUCUCUACCUCUGUAUCGUGUCUCUGCUUCUGCUCAGUGCAGUGCAGUUCAGUUCCAUUUGUCCAUCCCUCCGACGGCGCUUCUCGCCACCCCAACCUUGCCACCACCAUGGCUCUUCCAACCGUCGGGUCCUCCCCCCGGCUCUCUGUGGAGGCCAUAGGCGCGUCCCUCUCGGGCCUCCAUCUAGACGACACACGCUUCAUGUCGUUGUGCUUCAGCGCCUCCGUGUCCGCCCGCGCGUGGAUGCUCCGGAAUGCAGGUUCGAGUUUUGAGGUCCGACCUGGCUUGCUGUUGGCGGUGCUGUUGGGGUUCACGAAGGAUCCUUACCCUUACGUUACAGACGCAGCGCUUGACGGGCUCGUUCAGUUCAUCUAGCGUGGUGGAGAGUUGAAAGACAUUGGCUUGGUCGAUGCAUGUUACCAACGCACCGUCCAGUUGCUUCGGGACUUCGAUCCCUGCGUUAGGUACUCUGUGGUUCGCGUGUUGAUGGUGGUAAGUCUUUGAAUGAUGUAUACUUAUAUAUUCCAUGUGGCUUCAUGGGGUAUGAUGUUGGCAGCUUCUAGCUCAGAGAUGAAAGCCUAUUGGUCCGAUGAUGUAUUUGCCAAGCUAUGCUCCAUGGCAAGAGAUAUGAAUAUGAAGGUUAGAGUUGAAGCAUUUAAUGGCCUCAGAAAGAUGGAAAUGGUAUCGGAGGAUCUUCUUUUGCAAAGUUUAGCAAAGAGAGUUUCAGGACGUGGAAAGCAAAAGGAAACCGGGGGUCAGAGCACAUCUGAACAAUGUGUCAUGUUGGCAAGUAGUGUUGCUGGUGCACUAGUUCAUGGACUUGAGGAUGAGUUCUUUGAGGUGAGGAAGUCUGUAUGUGAGUCCUUACGCACACUGACAAGCCUAUCUGCUGAGUUUGCACGUGAAGCGUUAGACUCGUUAAUGGAUGUGUUGAAUGGUGAUUCUGUGGUGGUUCGCUUACAAGCUUUAGAAACCAUGCACCAUAUGGCAAUUAAUGGCCGUUUAAAGCUUCAUGAAAAACAUUUGCACAUGUUUCUUGGAGCCCUGGUAGAUGAUAGUUGGGAUGUAAGAUAUACUUAUAGGAAAAUACUUAAAGUAAUGAAGCUAAACAAUCUGGCAUUGUUCAAAUCAUCUGUUGACAGACUCCUGCGGAAUUUAGACAGUUAUCCACAGGAUGAAGCUGGUGUAUUUUCUACUUUUUCUCAUCUGGGCCGAAAUCACAAGAAAUUUGUAAGCCUGAUUAUGAAGGACACGUUUGAAGAGGUAGAAACGGCUUUGGAAGGAAAUGUAGAAUUUGAUAGUGCAAGGAUAGCUGCUCUGUUAAUUCUUUCUAUAUCUGCUCCACUCUUGAAUGCUGAUGUAGGCAGAAUACCACCAGUUCCACUCUUAAAUGCUGAUGUAGGCAGAAUACCACCAGUUAUGUUUUCUUAUGCAGUUACGUUCCUAGGUAGAAUUUAUAAUGCUUUUAGUGAUAUCAUGGAUAGGGAUUCCCUUUUGGCUUGCCUAUGUGAGAAAAGCAGAUCUACAGAGUAUUCUGCAACAAAUAUUAACCUCGCGGUAGGGGUGGAACAGUUGCCUUUAUUUGAAGGUGAUAAUGCUCCAAAUUUUUCUAGCAAUGAGGUCAUUGGCGCACAUAUCACAAGGGAGCCGAAAGAGUUAGCAGAUAACCAGAUACAACAACAACAAUCUCUGAAUGAUGAAGUUAGAAAUUACAUCCUUGCAAAGCCCGCUGCUAUGUGGCUGAGGAUACAAUCAGGUCAUACAAAUGAAGUGCUAAGGUCCUUAAGGUGUUUGAAGGAGUUAGCUGCCAUGAAACUUGAUUCUUUGGGAUCUGGUGAUGCUGAUGCUUUGGCAUUUACUAUACUAUACCUCCGGGUGAUAGAGCUACUUGCUGAAGUAUGGGAGCCCUUGCUGCCAUCAAAAAAGUUGUGUUCUCAGCGAAUAGGAAAAAUGGAAUUCAAACUGGGAAAGCUUGAUAGGAGGGUUAAAGAAUUGAUGAGUAGGUUUAUANGCUUGUCNGCAGAAGAGGAAUUAAACGUCUUGGAGCUAAUGUUAUUAACGUGUGCUCUCAGGAUAUGUAAAAGUGAAAUCAUCUGUCAUAAUCAUACAUUGAAGAGGCUGAAAACUCUAUAUUUACGUGUUGAAUCUAUCCUAAAAGAAAGUUCAGCGUUGCCAUCCAAUUUCGUAGUUGAAAUUGGGAAAUUAUUAAGUACCAUCUCAACGGAUGGAGCUUCUUGCAGUCCACUUCAGUUUGAUGCAUUUCUCAAGUUUUUCUCUCUGAAGCAGUUUAUGCUUCAUGGAACAAUCAAACAUGUAAACGCCGAACUAAGCAUUCCCAACAAUGACAUGGAACACCCUCUUCCCUUCGUUUCAGGGCUACCCGUUGGUGUACCAUGUGAAAUCACUCUCCAUAAUAUUUCAAGCGAGAGUAAGUUGUGGCUAAGGAUGACUUUGGAUGAUGGUUUCGUACAGCAUGUCUUUCUUGAUUUGGACUGUUUUGAAGGCUCUGAAGUGGUAAGAAAAUUUGCAUUUGUUGCGCCCUUCUACAGAACACCAGAAGCUUAUUGUCUUACAUUGAAGGUUUGCAUUGGUGCAGAAUGUUUGUUUGAAAACGUUAGUCCAGUCCAAAGGUUUGGGGGACCAAAACGUGAACUAGUACUUCUUUGUAAAGAAAAACAAGUUUAUCUUUCCAAGGUUAAUAAAGAUUAAUCUAUUAUUAUCUU